UUGAAUUUACCUGACGAGAGAAAGUGAUGAGGUUGUCGUCGUCGUCUUUUGGAAGAUGCAGUUCGAGGCGGUCCAAUUGUAGCCGCGCAUUCGAACAAUUUGAAGACAGUGAAGACGACUCCGGCGAACAUGGAAUCGGCGGGGCAAUGCUGCCGAUAUUUCUCAACGACCUGAGACGGAACGAUGACCAGGACACAGUCGAAGUCACGCUGGAGCUCGAGGAAGACUCCAUUGUCGUCUGCAGCGUCACGCCGACGACGACCGCCGCGACCGGAGAGGUAGAGCCGGAAGGAUUUUUGGCGAGGAGCCUCUCCGUGACGUCGAGAAUCCGGCGGAAAUUCCCGUGGCUGAAAUCGCAGUCGAGCUCGCGGACGUCGGCGUCGGACACGGAGGAGCGCAACACGAUAUCAGCCCGCGACGCUCGCAAAAUCAGAGCGGGACUUCAACGGACGAGAUCGAGCGCACAGCAAGCGCUCAAAGGUCUGAGAUUCAUCAGCAAAAGCACCGCCAAGGGAGCUUCCCACGCCGACGAGUUGUGCAGAAAUGUGGAGGCCAGGUUCGACUCGCUCGCCAAGGAUGGCUUGCUUGCUCGAGAAGACUUCGGUGAAUGCAUAGGGAUGGGGAAGGAGUCGAAGGAGUUUGCGGUGGGGAUAUUCGACGCGUUGGCGCGGAGGAGGAGACAGAAUGUAGGGAGGAUCACAAAAGAAGAGCUUCGUGACUUCUGGCUCCAGAUUUCGGACCAGAGCUUUGACGCUCGCCUUCAGAUCUUCUUCGACAUGGCGGAUAGCAACGAGGAUGGAAGAAUUACGAGGGAGGAAGUGCAAGAGCUUAUAAUGCUCAGCGCAUCUGCAAACAAGCUAUCGAAGCUAAAAGAACAGGCUGAAGAAUAUGCUUCAUUGAUUAUGGAAGAACUAGAUCCAGAAAACCUUGGAUAUAUUGAGUUAUGGCAAUUAGAAACACUUCUUCUACAAAGAGACAAUUACAUGAAUAACAGCAGACCACUGAGCAUAGCAAGUGUAGGGUGGAGUCAGAACCUGAGUUCCUUGACGCCUAAGAAUGUGAUGCGAAGAGUAAGCGGAUCAAUCCGGUGUCUGAUACUAGAGAAUUGGCGGAGGGGUUGGAUUUUAUUGUUGUGGUUGAUUGCCAUGGCAGGCCUUUUCAUCUGGAAAUUCAUCCAAUACAGAAAUAGGGCAGCAUUUCACGUCCUGGGUUAUUGCUUGCCAACGGCCAAAGGGGCUGCAGAGACUCUCAAGCUCAACAUGGCUCUAGUCCUCGUACCCGUUUGUCGAAACACGCUGACAUGGCUUCGGUCCACAAGAGCCAGGGCCUUUGUCCCCUUUGACGACAAUAUUAAUUUCCACAAGGUGAUUGCAUGUGCUAUAGUCAUUGGAGUGUUCGUUCACGCGGGAACCCAUCUGGCAUGCGACUUUCCUCGCCUUAUAAACUCAACUCCAGAAGAAUUUGCCUUGAUAUCUUCCGAUUUCGGAAACAAAAAGCCCACGUACAAAGACCUAUUGAGGGGCGUUGAAGGCGUGACUGGGAUUUCCAUGGUGGUUUUAAUGGCCGUUUCAUUCACUCUAGCAACACCUCAGUUCAGGAAAAAUGUGGUGAGGCUGCCUGCACCGUUCAACAGAUUGACGGGCUUCAAUGCAUUUUGGUACUCCCAUCACCUUCUGGGGCUCGUCUACAUUUUGGUACUUGUUCAUGGAACCUUCUUGUUCUUUAGCCACCGGUGGUAUCAGAAAACGACAUGGAUGUACGUCUCUGUUCCAUUACUGCUCUACAUAGCAGAGCGGAGUGUGCGAACGUGUAGAUCAGAGCAUUAUUCAGUUAAAAUAUUGAAGAUUUCAGUACUACCAGGAAAUGUUUUUUGUUUAAUCAUGUCCAAGCCUCCGGGAUUCAAGUACACAAGCGGGCAGUACAUAUUUCUGCAAUGCCCAAAAAUCUCUCAAUUUGAAUGGCAUCCAUUUUCGAUAACUUCAGCGCCAGGAGAUGAUUACCUAAGUGUUCACAUCCGGACUGUAGGAGACUGGACGCAAGAAUUGAAGCGAAUUUUCACUGAGGUUGAGGGUUUACCAUCUAUCAUUGGUCGAGCCAAAUUUAGUGUAUUCGGGCAAGUGGCUCAGAGAGGCCAACCCAGAUUGUUUGUUGAUGGCCCAUAUGGAGCUCCAGCGCAGGACUAUAAAAAUUAUGAUGUCUUGCUACUAGUUGGACUUGGAAUUGGGGCUACCCCUUUUAUAAGCAUCCUUAGAGAUCUUCUAAACAAUACAAGAACAGAAGAACCACUGGAUUCGAACACAGAUACCACCAUAUCAGUUGACAGCUUCAAUAGUUUUACAUCUUCAAAUUUGACACCGGGUGGAAGGAAGAAGUGCCAGAGAAUUAAAAAUGCUCAUUUCUACUGGGUUACCAGAGAGACCGGGUCCUUUGAAUGGUUUAAAGGAGUAAUGGACGAAGUAGCAGAAAUGGAUCACAAAGGUCAAAUUGAGCUUCACAACUACCUUACAAGUGUAUAUGAAGAGCACGAUGCAAGGUCAACAUUGAUCACAAUGGUUCAAGCUCUCAACCAUGCCAAACAUGGGGUUGACAUCCUAUCAGGAACCCGAGUCAGGACGCACUUUGCUAGGCCUAAUUGGAAAGAGGUGUUUACUAAAAUAGCUUCAAAGUAUCCAUAUGCAACAGUAGGGGUUUUCUACUGUGGGAUGCCAGUUUUGGCAAAGGAGCUGAAGAAGCUAUCUUACGAGCUGACUCGCAAGACCUCCACACGCUUCGAGUUUCACAAGGAGUAUUUUUGAAGUAAAGGGA